GUAAUGUCGGCCCCGAGGAAGGACUUCGAUGUGAAGCAGAUGUUGCGGAUCCGGUGGCGCUGGUUCGGUAACGCGCCCUGCCCGCCUUCGGCUUCUCCACCUCUGGAAGAUCUGUUCGGUACCACCGGAGACCUCCAGCACCAUCAUCACCACCACCAGCAGCAGCAGCAGCAGCAUGCGAUCCUGGGCUCGAGCUCCGCCACGGUGAGCGGCGCGUGCAGCAAUAGCAGCAGCAGCGGCAGCGGACCCGUCUCCUCGUGCAUCCCUGAUAACAGAAAGCCGGUGCCCUCCGCGUGCCCUCCUCCACGCUCCUCGAGCCAGCAGCAGUGCUCGAGCCCCGCGCGCACACCGAUCAGGUCUCCCGCACACUCGCGCUCCGCCUCGGACGUGACGCGCGAGGAGAACGCGGAGCCCGGCGCCGCGAGACACGGCAAGAGUAACGGGAACGUGGUCAUAUGCGCGAGCGUCGGAGCGCGCGGCGAGGACGAACAGAACAACAACACGAGCGCCGUUAUCGCGGAGUCCGAGAGCAGCUCGUGCAGCAGGGCAUCGAACAGCAGCGUGACUUUGUCCUCAUGCGUGUCCAUGGAGCCUUGUGUGCCUGAUGAACUGUUCCAGUCGCACAGUCACGCAGAACACACCUUCCAGCGCAUGGAGACCUACCUCAGGACGCGCAAGCUGUGUGACGUGGUGUUGGUGGUGGGUGAUCGCAAAAUACCUGCACACAGGCUGGUCUUGUCCUCCGUGUCGGAUUACUUCGCAGCCAUGUUCACCAGCGAUGUCCGCGAGGCCAAGCAAGAGGAGGUGAAAAUGGAGGGAGUCGACCCAGAUGCAUUGUGGGUCCUGGUACAGUACGCAUACACUGGAAGGAUGGAGUUGAGGGAGGACACGAUCGAGGCUCUGCUGUCGGCCGCGUGUUUGCUGCAGCUCUCGGCCGUGGUUCAGGCCUGCUGUAGUUACCUGAUGAAGCAGCUGCACCCUUCCAACUGCCUGGGUAUCCGCUCAUUCGCCGACGCUCAGGGCUGCCAGGACCUGCACAAAGUGGCUCACAACUACACCAUGGAGCAUUUUCUGGGUGUGAUGAAGAACCAGGAGUUCCUGUUGCUCCCAGCGUGUGAAGUGGAGAAGCUUUUGGUUUCGGAUGACAUGAACGUUCCUGAUGAAGAGACGGUGGUGUCGGCUCUAUUAAGCUGGGUGCGCUAUGACCCCGUCAACCGGCAAUCACAGCUCUCCUCGCUGCUGGAACAUAUCCGUCUACCGCUGAUCAAACCACAGUUUUUAGCAGACAUGGAGGCUAACCCCUUGCUAAGGGACAGCGUGGAGUGCCAGCGGUUAGUGAUGGAGGCCAUGAAGUACCACCUGCUGCCCGAGCGCCGAUCCCUGCUGCAGAGCCCCAGGACUCGACCCCGCAAAGCCACAGUAGGGACGCUUUUUGCCGUUGGGGGCAUGGACGCCACCAAAGGUAAUAAAGGAGGAGCCACCAGUAUGGAGCAGUACUGUGUCAGGAGGGAUGCAUGGCGGCAGGUGGGUGUGCUGAGCGGCCGGCGGUUGCAGUUCGGCGUAGCCGUCAUCGAUCAGCGGCUCUACGUGGUGGGCGGCCGUGACGGACUCAAGACCCUCAACACCGUGGAGUGUUACAACCCGCGCAGUAACAGCUGGAGCGUCAUGCCUCCCAUGGCUACACACCGCCACGGACUUGGUGUAGCGGUAUUAGAGGGACCCAUGUAUGCAGUAGGAGGACACGACGGCUGGAGUUAUCUGAGCACAGUGGAGCGAUGGGAUCCUCAGGCUCGACAGUGGAGCUUUGUCGCUUCCAUGGCGACGCCCCGCAGCACCGUGGGAGUCGCGGUCCUUAACGGGAAGCUGUUUGCUGUGGGAGGACGAGACGGCAGUUCCUGUUUGAAGUCGGUCGAAUGUUUCGAUCCUCACACUAACAAAUGGAGCGCCUGCGCGCCCAUGGCUAAGCGCAGAGGUGGAGUCGGCGUAGCCACCUGGAACGACUAUCUGUACGCCAUCGGUGGCCACGAUGCCCCCGCCUCCAGCCUCGCCUCACGACUCUCCGACUGCGUUGAGAGGUACGACCCGAAGACAGACACGUGGACGGCCGUGGCUCCCGUGAGUGUGAGCAGGGACGCGGUGGGUGUGUGUUUACUCGGAGACCGUCUGUACGCCGUGGGUGGAUACGACGGCCAGGUCUACCUGAACACAGUAGAGGCCUACGACCCCCAAACCAACGAGUGGACUCAGGUGGCGCCGUUGUGUUUGGGCCGAGCUGGAGCCUGCGUUGUGUCCGUCAAGCUGUGACGACUUCCUUACAAACAGACUCCAGUGUUUCUUGUCCUGUAACUCUGUAGCCCUUUAACAGGGUGUGGAAGAAGAGAGUGGAACAAUACGAACAUGCAGAUCGACAUACACUAACGAUUCAGAUCCAGACGGUCUUCAGAGGAUCUAAAAGAAGAACCAUUACUCCAGUAUGACAUGUUCAUGAAACCACCAGGCUACGGUGUAACCACACACUCAUUACCAAGUUCAUUUCAGGGUGAGAAACGAGUCUCAUGAGUCAAGUGUUUUCAUAAGUGUCUGGCACUUUGACACAGUAAAUUCAGUCAGUUCAGUUAAACCACUGAUCCAUGUGCUUCACUGCUCAUGGAAUCUAUUUUUUACUACAUCGAUCUGUUCCUGUAAUUAGUCUAACAAUAGUAUGUGGACACCUGAACAUCAGUUUGACGCUGGUCCCUCCUUUUUAAAUGCAUUUUACCCUCUCUUUCUCCUAAUUCAGUGUAGCCAAUCCGCUACUGGGAAUUCUGACUGCAUCCAAGGAGGAGCCUGAUACACACUCCCUCCACAGUCCUACCAAGCGUGGUGUCAGCUUCAUGCAUGGAGAGCCACGCCCCGAUCUCUGCACUCCUCCACUUUCUGUACAGGCACCCUGGGCGACCAGGGUCCUUACACAACGAUGAUAACCACACCCAUUAGUCUGAUCUUUCCCAGACUGGAAGCCAAUUAUUCCUGCUGCAUUAACCAUUUAUGCCUGCUAGAGGGCGUCCAGCCGACCGAUAGCAGAGCCGAGACUCGAACCAGGGGUUUCAGAAUCUCGGCGCUGGUGAGCUAGCGGAUUAUCCCACUGUGCCACCUGAGCGCCUAUGCUGGUCCCUGGAAAGUUCUUACACCUGAUUUUGGAACUGGACUGUAAGGAUUUACUUCUAAUCUGGCACUGAGGUUAAGUGACUUGCUCUGGCUCACAGUAAACAUUAUGAUUUAAGUCUAUCUCAAAGCUUUAGGAUUUAAUUAAGUUCAGAACUCUGUGCAAAAGCUUGUUUAUUUUUCCAUGGACCCAACAUUGAAACAGGAACUGGCAUUGCCCAAUAUACAACAGGACACAGUUAUUAAGAAUGUCAUUGUUUGCUCUAGCCUUAAGUUUUUCCUUUACUGGAAACUAAAUUGUUGUUUCUAUUAUAUACACAAAAUAAAAUGUGUUCAUCGGAACGUGUUUUCACGGCACCAGAGUCCAAAAUCAUAUUACUGUGCUGUACACCUCACAGUCAUAGCUUGGCAUUGUUGUAGGGGCAGUGGUGGCUCAGCGGAUAUCUGAAAGUCGCUGGUUCAAGCACCACCACUGCUAAGCUGCCACUGUUGGGCCCUUGAGCAAGGCCCUUAACUCCAAAAUGUCUUGACUUGUGUUCAGUUGUAAGUUGUUUUGAAUAAAAGCUUCUGCUAAAUGCUGUAAAUGUAAA